CCGGUUUUUGGUGUCUUCUGAAGUUUGAUGGGCACAGAAAUGGUAAUGCAGCGAUUACCUGGUGUCGAUAGAGAAAAUGUGCGUCAAUCAAACACUGGCAAUGAUCAUGGACAAGGUGAUCCUGUGGUUGAAGCAGAGAAUGAAGUUUUACGACAGUUAAACUCUGCUGCACCGAAAAGGCAUCACAUCGAGCAAAUGCAGAGGUUUGCUGGACUUGGCAUCGGUUUAUCAAGUGUGUUUGCUGAAAACCUGUUGUCCCAUCCAUGCAAUGUUCUUCGAAGGCAAUGUCAGGUUCACCAUCACUCAGCGUGGUAUCACCUGACACCAUUUACAUUGUUCCCUGUGAUGUACCACAUGCAGAGCCAUCAGACUAUUGCUACCUUGUGGAAGGGAAUAGGAAGCACCUUCGUUGUAAAGGGAAUCGGACUUGCUACAGAAGCUGCUAUUAGUGAAUUUACACCAUGCCCAAGAGAAGUGAACAGACAUAGUACUCUGAAGAAGCUGGGACAACAUCUAAUCCUCAAAGGUGUUGGUUUCCUUGUCAUUACGCCGUUCUUCUCUGCUAGUUUGAUUGAGACAGUUCAGAGUGAGAUAGCCAGUGAGAAACCAGGUUUACUUGACUGUGUCAAGGAAGGUUUUGUGAGAAUGAGUGGCCUCGCAGGGACUCAGUCAACCAGGCUCCUGCCCAUGUGGAAGUUAGUGGUCCCUACAAUGAGUCAUGGACUCUCUCACUACAUCAUCAAAUCAGUUGCCCAGUAUACUGUUCUGUUGGCUGUGAGGACAGAAAUGCAAGAGGAUUACCCUCACGAGGAUCCGCCACCAGUGAAAUCCAUGUACGAUCGCUACUUCCCUGAACUCCUUGCAACGUUUACUGGUGGUCUUCUGGCGGACAUGGUCCUCUUUCCCAUAGAGACCGUCCUGCACAGGCUUCAUGUGCAGGGGACUCGAACAAUAAUUGAUAACACAGACACUGGACUUGGUGUGGUACCAAUCAAUACUCGUUAUGAGGGUUUCAUAGACUGUUUUAGAUCGAUUCUUUACGAGGAAGGCUUUGCUGGUCUGUACAAGGGAUUCGGUGCUCUGAUGCUACAAUACACAAUACAUGCAUUAAUUCUAAAGCUCACAAAGUUUCUAUUUGAGCAACUGACGGAUGAUUUUGAGGGGCCCCGUCAACGUCAUACGUCAAGAUAAUCCCAUAUGAAUGAGGAUAGAUUGUCAAUACAAAGUGUGCUGUAUGAGUUGACGCGGUGACUGUGCCACAUGACGAUGUCAACAAUGCAACAAUAACUUGGGCGACUUUGUCGUAGUUUGCAUUGUUGUAAUAGGAAGAUUUCAACUGCCUGUGCUACAUAAUGACGAUAACUUGCAUAUGUUUUCUUCCUACUAUCAUGGAGCUUGUGAUUUGAAGGGAAAUGACUUAGGUUUUAUUGGGCUGAAGUGAAAUGAAAUCGUUUAAAGGACAAUGUGAAGGAAGCACAUCAGCAUCAUUGAGCCACAGAAAUUCUGUUGAUUUGUCUCUGUGUUUCAUGUUUUUCACUUGUCAUGUUCAUUCUGAAGUUAGAUGGAUCAGUUUCAUCUGUAAUGGAUUGUUCUAAAGGACCUGUGCAGACUUGAGGACUUGAGGAGCGGGGCAGAGCUGAUUUAAAAAGAGGAUGAACUGUAUGAAAUGUGAAUAUGGUGAGGGGUUCUGGUAGGAACCAUGGGGUACUGAGGUUGAAGGUGAGAGCUAAGAAUCAUCACUCGAUCUCCUCAGAUCAUUGUGUGAUAAUGUUUUUAUAUGUGCUUAAUGUAAUACUAGUGUGUAGUAAUAUUGUUAAGUCAUCAAAUAUAAUUUGUAAAACACCAUGUUUCACAUGAUAGUUUAUGCGGACUUUGAAUUCAUGCAGAUGGUGUCUUGCUGGUAAGAGCAUCAUGGAGAACUGUAGCAGCUGAGUGAAAUCUCUACUCUACUUUGGCAGUGACGAUGGAUAUGUGGUGGAUCCGAAAGACUCUUUGAAGAGACGAAUGCUCUAUAAUCUAUUUCUACCUUGUCUGCUGUUCAAUGACGCAGAGGCAAUUAAAUCUCUGUACAUGUAUGUUUACCCUGGGUGAAUGAUACACAACCGCCCAGAGCCAGCACUGAUCUGUCUCCAAGAUGGGUGAUUUCCCCGUCCUUGCACCCUUAGCCUAUGCAACUUGAUGAUGAAGUUCCUGCAGAGUGAGCAUAUUGAAUCGGGCCCAGUACCAUAUCCUUCCAGAUCGAUGGCCUGAGAAAGUAUUGAUGCUAGUCGGGUGGUUACCAUUCACCGUUUGAGUAGAAACAAAGGAAAUAUAUCUCCAAUCUAUACUCGAUGAUACAUAAAAUCAAAGAAACUCCUUCUGUCUUUUGU